CAGAGACGCACUUUUCUUUUCUUUUUCCAAACUUCCGUUCAUCCUAUCGCAAUGCGGCUGGAAAAGUGCUUUUUCUGCUCGUCGACCGUCUAUCCCGGCCACGGCGUCAUGUUCGUCCGCAACGACUGCAAGACCUUCCGCUUUUGCCGCUCAAAGUGCCACCGAGCAUUCAAGAUGAAGCGCAACCCGCGCAAGGUCAGGUGGACCAAGGCCUUCCGCAAGGCCGCUGGAAAGGACAUGGCUGUUGACACGACAUACGAGUUUGAGCGACGACGACAAGUGCCAGUCAAGUACGACCGCGAGCUUUGGUCCAAGACGUUGCGCGCAAUGAAGCGCAUCGCUGAAAUCCGUCAGAAGCGCGAGGCACAACACAUUAAGAACCGUCUGAAGAUCGGCUUGGAACUCGAAGACAAGUCGGCCGUCCGGGAAGUGCGCCAAAAUAUCGAUCUUAUUGUUGCCCCUAUCGCUCGCGAGACAUCGCAGUACCAGCGUGUUGUGCAGCUCGCCGAAAACCGCGAAUCACAGCAAAUGAUGUCGGAUUAAAAAACCACCAAAAAUGAGCGGCAGUGUUAUUGAAAUGUUGGUUGUAUGUUCUAUCUUGCGUUUGUUGAACCUUGGAGCGAAAGACUGUUUAUCGAACAAUGGAAGGUUUUUUGCUUUU